CGCCCCCGCCCCCACUCCCGCUAGAGGCCCAGCCCCGCUGGAGACCACGCCCGCAGCGAUCGGUCUCCGCCCCACGGCUCCCCGCCGUUACCUCCCGCUUGCUCAGGGUGAGGUCCCGGCUCCUCCCUGGCCUUUGGGCCUUCACUUUCCCAGGUCCGAGAGUGUCCACGCUCCUUUUGUAGAGCGAGGAUGUGGACGCUCCCACAGGAUGCGGCCAGGCAGCGCCACCUCACGCCGGCAGAGGGUGCCGGCGAGACGCUGAGGGACGCGGGAGUUUCUGAGCCAAACCUGCCACUUUAAGAUAGGGAAACUGAUAGGACACCCAAGAAAAAAAAAGGAAGAAAGAAAGAAGAAAAAAUAAGAUAGGGAAACUGGACUUUCUGAGGACUCCUCGCUUUGGAGCGUGGGAGAUGGAGAGUGAGAUUCGGUAGAGGGGGUGCGGCUUCUGGGAGCCACUGAGACCUACCAGCGUGCCUUCUACCAUCCACAGCUACUGCUGAGCAGACAGACUGUCCUGGGGUACAAUGUAAGGCCAGCUCGUCAACCUCCACAGAAAAACCUUCCACGUUUCUAUCCGGAUUUCAAAUUCCCAUUGGGGAAAUCAAUGUGGGGAGACUCUACAGCUUUACAUUAUUGUGUUUUUUCUACCACGAACAUGGUUAGAAAACAGGCUCACAAAGGUGAAAUGAGUGAACUGUGCAUUUGGGACUUGAACCCAACAUGUCUCUGCACUCAUCUUGAGAGUCGGGAGUUUCUUCCUUAGAGUGGGUUCGUGGUCUCACUGACUUCAAGAAUGAAGCCACGGACUUUCGCGAUGGUAGCCACAGCACGACCUCCCUCCUGGUGGGCCUGGGUCAGGGUGACCAGGGAGAGAAAGGAAGGAGGACAGACCCUCAGUACCAUUGCCAUCCUUGGGUGCCCCUGGAAAGUGAACUGAGGAAGAGGAGGAGGAAAAAGACAGGAAAAAGACUUCUCUCCCUUCCCUGCUCAUGCAGGUUGAAAUGGCUGAUGACAUCACUGGUUCCCGGGAGCGGUAGAGCUGGAGCCGGAGCCCGGAGCCCGAGGGAGCCCAGGCUGCUGGGGGCUGCAGACAUGGAGGGCCAGAGCAGCAGGGGCAGCAGGAGGCCAGGGACCCGGGCAGGCCUGGGUCCCCUGCCCAUGCCCCAGGGUGUUGUCCAAACUGGGGCACCCUCCAAGGUGGACUCAAGUUUUCAGCUCCCAGCAAAGAAGAACGCAGCCCUAGGACCCUCGGAACCAAGGUUGGCUCUGGCACCUGUAGGGCCACGGGCAGCUAUGUCAGCUUCCUCAGAAGGACCGGGGCUGGCUCUGGCAUCUCCCCGACCAAUCCUGGCUCCACUGUGUACCCCUGGAGGGCAGAAAACAGCUCCUGCCCACCCAACAUCUGUGGGCCAGCUGGUGAUGUCUGCCUCAGCUGGACCAAAGCCUCCCCCAGCGACCACAGGCUCAGUUCUGGCUCCGACGUCCCUGGGGCAGCUGGUGAUGUCUGCCUCAGCGGGGCCAAGAUCUCCCCCAGCCACCCUGGGGCCCAGUCUGGCCCCAACCUCCAGAGACCAGAAGCAGGAGCCACCUGCCUCCGUGGGACCCAAGCCAACACUGGCAGCCUCUGGCCUGAGCCUGGCCCUGGCUUCUGAGGAGCAGCCCCCAGAACUCCCCUCUACCCCUUCCCCAGUGCCCAGUCCAGUUCUGUCUCCAUCUCAGGAACAGGCCCUGGCUCCAGCAUCCACGGCAUCAGGCCCAGCCUCUGUGGGACAGACACCAGCUAGAAAGAGGGAUGCCCCAGCCCCUAGACCUCUCCCUGCUUCUGAGGGGCAUCUCCAGCCUCCAGCUCAGACAUCUGGUCCUACAGGCUCCCCACCCUCCAUCCAAACCUCCCCAGACCCUCGGCUCUCCCCCUCCUUCCGAGCCCGGCCUGAGGCCCUCCACAGCAGCCCUGAGGAUCCUGUUUUGCCACGGCCACCCCAGACCUUGCCCUUGGAUGCGGGCCAGGGUCCUCCAGAGCCUGGCAACCGCUCACCUGGACUUCUGUCCCCCACCUUCCGGCCUGGGGCCCCCUCAGGCCAGACUGUGCCCCCACCUCUGCCCAAGCCACCCCGAUCACCCAGCCGUUCCCCAAGCCGCUCCCCCAACCGCUCUCCCUGUGUUCCCCCAGCCCCUGACAUGACCCUCCCAAGGCUUGGCACCCAGAGUACAGGGCCUGGCAGGUGCCUGAGCCCCAACCUUCAGGCCCAAGAAGCCCCAGCCCCAGUCACCACCUCCUCUUCUACAUCCGCCCUGUCAUCCUCCCCUUGGUCAGCUCAGCCCACCUGCAGGAGCGACCCCGGCUUCCGGAUCACUGUGGUCACGUGGAACGUGGGUACUGCCAUGCCCCCAGACGAUGUCACAUCCCUCCUCCACCUGGGCGGUGGCGACGACAGCGGUGGCGCAGACAUGAUCGCCAUAGGGUUGCAGGAAGUGAACUCCAUGCUCAACAAGCGACUCAAGGACGCCCUCUUCACGGACCAGUGGAGUGAGCUGUUCAUGGAUGCGCUGGCGCCCUUCAACUUCGUGCUGGUGAGUUCGGUGAGGAUGCAGGGUGUCAUCCUGCUGCUGUUCGCCAAGUACUACCACCUGCCUUUCCUGCGAGACGUGCAGACCGACUGCACGCGCACUGGCCUGGGCGGCUACUGGGGUAACAAGGGUGGCGUGAGCGUGCGCCUGGCAGCCUUCGGGCACAUGCUCUGCUUCCUGAACUGCCACUUGCCCGCACAUAUGGACAAGGCGGAGCAGCGCAAGGACAACUUCCAGACCAUCCUCAGUCUCCAGCAGUUCCAAGGGCCGGGCGCACAGGGCAUCCUGGAUCAUGACCUCGUAUUCUGGUUCGGGGACCUGAACUUCCGCAUUGAGAGCUACGACCUGCACUUUGUCAAGUUUGCCAUCGACAGUGACCAGCUCCAUCAGCUCUGGGAGAAGGACCAGCUCAACAUGGCCAAGAACACCUGGCCCAUUCUGAAGGGCUUUCAAGAGGGGCCCCUCAACUUCGCUCCCACCUUCAAGUUUGAUGUGGGUACCAACAAAUACGACACCAGUGCCAAGAAACGGAAGCCAGCUUGGACAGACCGUAUCCUGUGGAAGGUCAAGGCUCCAGGUGGGGGUCCCAGCCCCUCAGGACGGAAGAGCCACCGACUCCAGGUGACACAGCACAGCUACCGCAGCCACAUGGAAUACACAGUCAGUGACCAUAAGCCUGUGGCUGCCCAGUUCCUCCUGCAGUUUGCCUUCAGGGACGACAUGCCACUGGUGCGGCUGGAGGUGGCAGAUGAGUGGGUGCGGCCCGAGCAGGCGGUGGUGAGGUACCGCAUGGAAACAGUGUUCGCCCGAAGCUCCUGGGACUGGAUCGGCUUGUACCGGGUGGGUUUCCGCCAUUGCAAGGACUAUGUGGCUUAUGUCUGGGCCAAACAUGAAGAUGUGGACGGGAAUAUCUACCAGGUAACAUUCAGUGAGGAAUCACUGCCCAAGGGCCACGGAGACUUCAUCCUGGGCUACUACAGCCACAACCACAGCAUCCUCAUCGGCGUCACUGAACCCUUCCAGAUCUCGCUGCCUUCCUCGGAGUUGGCCAGCAGCAGCACAGACAGCUCAGGCACCAGCUCAGAGGGAGAGGAUGACAGCACGCUGGAGCUCCUUGCACCCAAAUCCCGCAGCCCCAGUCCUGGCAAGUCCAAGCGACACCGCAGCCGCAGCCCGGGACUGACCAGGUUCCCUGGUCUUGCCCUACGGCCCUCAUCCCGUGAACGCCGUGGUGCCAGCCGUAGCCCCUCACCCCAGAGCCGCCGCCUGUCCCGGGUGGCUCCUGACAGGAGCAGUCAUGGCAGCAGCCGGGGCAGUAGUGAAGAGGGGCCCUCUGGGUUGCCUGGCCCCUGGGCCUUCCCACCAGCUGUGCCUCGAAGCCUGGGCCUGCUGCCCGCUUUGCGCCUAGAGAAUGUAGACCCUGGUGGUGGUGGCUCCUGGGGACCUGAUCGGGAGGUCCUGGCCCCCAACAGCCUGUCUCCCAGUCCUCAGGGCCAUGUGGGGCUGGAGGAAGGGGGCCUGGGGCCCUGAGGGUGGGGCAGGCAGAUGGGCCAAGGUGACCACCGUUCUGCCUCAAUCUUUUGCAAGCCCACUUGCCUCUCUCCUGCUGCUCCUCUAGCUGUAUCUGCACCUGCCUCUCUGUCCUGGCCAGGGGUGGACAACUGGGGUCCCCCAAAACUCAGUCCUGGCACCUCAACUGUGACAAUCAGCAAAGCCCCGCCCAGGCCCCCAUCUGGGAUAAUGGGGGAGCUCUGGCAGAUUUCCCAAUCCUGGAGGUCAUCUGUUAGGAAUUAAAUUCUCCAGCCUCA